UUCCUUGUUCUUUUGGGGAGGACGUAAACUUUUCACGGAACGGACGAGUGACUUUAUUCGGCUGAGAUAGCGCUCAAUGUUGGAAGCAAACAUCUAAAAGUGUUCAUUGGUCGCUGUGAGCUGGCAGAACGUCUGAAGCUAUGGCGGACAGCCGAGAAGAGGAGAAAAAAGAAAGAGACCAGGAGCCUCAGGGCGCCGUUGGAGGGGAAGAUGUCAUCGAUGAUCCCAUCCUGGAGCAAGGAGCAGUGGUCCUCAGAGGGUAUGUGAUUGAGCGUAUAAACACAGAGGACCCUGAUCGACUGGUCUCCUCUGAGGACCUGGGAGGAAGGCCUAAUGAACAACAGGAUCCACAUAUCAAAGACGUGGUGGAACAACUGAUCAAGAUUGCAGACGAGCUGAACAGGAAUGCUGAGCUCCAACGACUGGUCAACCAGGUUCAGGACAAUUGUGCUAAGGAAGUCUUCAUGACAGUGGCCAGGAGCAUCUUUGCUGAUGGCAUCAACUGGGGCCGAGUGGUGGCUCUCUUCCAUCUGGCCUAUAGACUCAUAUACAAGGCACUGACCAGCAACCAUCUAGAGAACAUCAGAACCGUCAUCGGCUGGGUUCUCCAGAUCAUCAGAGAGAAGAUCUACUCCUGGAUCAUACAGCAGGGAGGCUGGGAAGGGGUGAUCCAUGGUUUUUCUCGGUGGAGGACAGUAGCCAUAGUAGCAUCAGUAGUAUUGGUAGCAUCUAUUGUUUACUACAGGAAGACGCGCUGAGACAUCAGACCUUACCAUCAGGGCUGGAGUCCCAUCUCCUGGAUAACCACAGCUUCUUAAUAAAGACAGUUUCCGGCCAUUAAUUACAACCUUUCCUCAACCUCCAGGUCCUCAACCAGAGGAGGACUACUACUGCACUUGGUAACUAACUGCUGUUAGCUUCUUUUUCCAAGAACAAAAAAUUGAAUUUACAACUGGCUCUCCACCAGGCAUCUCCAUCAUCUGACACCAGCAACUAUUCAGUGCCUCCCAUGGAAAUAUAAGUGCUGCUGCAACACAAUCUUCAGCAGUCUGUCAGCAGAUGAUGCCAUUUAUGAACAUGGGACGUAGCUAUAGAGAACCUGCCAUAUCAGAACCAGGUCUCGGGUCCACAUAGGUUCUGUGUGGGGUCCAAUUUAAAUUUCUCCAGGUCUUCUUCUUCAGGUCAAAUUUCAAUUAGACCUGAAAGGACACGAAAAGAGCCAGCCAAUCAAUAUUGAACAAUCUGAUUGUCAGAUGUACUGUAGCUCCAUUAUGUUAGUUUUUGCUGGACGUUUAAAUAAUCUUGUAUUUCAGCCAUGUUGUCUGUUGAGUUAAGCAGGCCUGUGCCUGUUUUUAGAUGUUUGCAUGGCUGCAACAGAGGGAUCUAAAAUGCUCUACACCAUCUUGAAGCACAUUAGUGUGAAUUAUUUUUGGUCUAUCUCAGGUCCAGGUAGAUAGAAACAACCCCUUUUCAGAUCAGGUACACAUUUUUACACUUGUGAUAAACUUUACUUAGCUGUACCUUAAAGCUUCAGUAGAUAAUUUUUAUUAAAACAUAUUUUUUGUAAUGUGCUAUAUCCUGACAGAAGUACAUGUGACAGAUAAUCUUUGAAAAAAUGAGGUUUCUGUGGCUCGUUCUAGCGCUCCUAAUGGCAUUAGCAACAAUCAAUCAGAGUAGAGAAAGAUAGGUAAUUGUUGAGUCUUAUUAUCAGGGAGUCAAAUACAGAUGCUUUUGGACCCUGGUAAUGAGACUCAACAAUAACCUUAAAGCCUCCACUCCAAAGCCUUGUUCUAUCUUUCUCGGCUCUGAUUUAUUGUUUUCAGUCAGACGCAGUGUAUUCUUCUUUUCUUUUAGGAGUGCUAGAAUGAACCAGAGGAACCAGAUUUUUUUCACAGAUUAUCUGUCUCAUGUACUACUGUGAGGAUAUAGUGAAGGUUCUGCAAACAUGACAAAAAGUAAUUUUGAGAAAAGUUACCUUCUGGAGCUUUAAUGAUUCUGAUGAAAACACAGAUAUCCUGGCUAAUGUGAUGAUACCAUAGCUUUAUAUUAUGGCCAAAACACAGCGGAAAUUGUAAAGCUCGGGCUACAGUUCACAAGAGUUUAAUCUCAUAUUGUUUGUUUUUUUGUUUGUUUUUUUACCAAAAUACAUUGUUGUGUUAAGUUUUUGUUGACUCACUUUUACAUACACAGUCAUUUACUUUUGACUUUCACUUAACUCACUCUUCACAGUUAGGAAAGUAACUAUUGUAUAUGGUCAGCUGGUCAUUGUGGUACUGUGAACACUGGUUCAAGUAUCUAUCUGAAUCUCACUAGUAAAUUAGAUUCCAUUGAUAACAUUGCCUGCUUUGAAAAAAAACGGUUGACAUACUUCCAGAUGUGGUUGUGUAGUUCUCUGUACCUGCAGUAAUAGGAAGCUAACUUCUAUUGCCUCUGUCUUUCUGUGAUUGCCUCCCUGCUAUAUGUGAAUGUAGCUGAUCACACAACACAUGUGACAGAUGUUUCACACACCUGCAUGAGUAUAAAAAGGGGUUUAAGUGAGGAACUUGAUAACCUGACUGCACCAGAUGGUUUUUUCCACAGAACCAUCUUGUAAGGUGAUUGGAUAAACUGUUUUUCUGUCACAGUUUAUCUCAGGCAAAAUUUAACCAACCAGAUGAUAUAAAUUAACCAUAUAACGGAGUCAAACUACUAAAGCCAGUAGAUGCAAACAGCAUAAACCAGUCCUGUAGCUCGUGCUGUAGCUGCCAGUAGUUCCUCAUAGGACACUGAUUGGUUUGAACCACUGUGGUUGGGCACAAGCACAUAGCUUGAAGCCUGUAAGAUGGAUUCUCACGUGAUCAUGAAAGGAACUGAAUGCAGCUCCCUAGACACUGCUGUUAGCCUUGCUUUGCAGGUUUAUGGCCCACCAUCAAUUACUAUGUCAUGCUGCAGUCUGACCACAGAAACGGAAAGAUGUCAACACCAAAUACAUAAUAACGAGAGGCAAAGGCAACAGAACAAACAUUCAAACUGUAAACUACUGAUGAUAAACAACUGUUUGUCUAAAGGUUGUUCUGUUGUUCUGUAACAUUCCUUUUGUAAUUUGACAACUGAAAGAGAAGGAAGAAGAGACUUUUUCUCUUUCCAUUUGUCUUCCACUGAAUGGUAAUAUUUUAGACAACUAUCAGCAAAUGCUAAUGUGGAUGAAAACAAAAAAAUAAAUUCCCCUAUUUUUUUUUCCAUUAUGGUUACUGUGUGCAGUAUUUUAACUUCAUUCCCACUUCCACAGAUUUUAAUGGUGAGCAGUUGGUGGUAGAUUUUAAACCUGUAAAACCUCUGAGACUGUGCAAAAAAGCUAUUUAUGUCCUUUUAGUUUUGAGAAUUAUAAUAAUCUCUUAAGAUUCUUAAAGUAAAUGCAUGAGGAGAAGGACCAGACUUUCAGGGUAGAAGAAAUUGUCCUCUGCAACUCUCUGGGAAAACUGGUUCAUAGAUAAGAAAGUAAUUGUUUAAUCUAAAGCUGAUUGCGAUGUGUGCGGGUCAGAAUGACUCAUGGGAACAUUCAGUGGCUUAUAGCUGACCUAUAAGGGCUGUUAUCUAGUGCCACAUGAGCUUUUGUCAAGUAUUUUUGCUACCCAGUGAUCUUGCACUUUUAAAAGGGAUAUCACACUAUUUAUCUACUGUUCUGUGGGGUUUUUUUACACUGUGAUCUGAUGUAUAUUUUAUUGUUAUAAAAAUUAUUUGAUUGGACUUUUCAUUUCCGUGAAUGAAUUAAAAAUGUGUUAUAACACCCA